GAUUACAUAUGGGCUGACACCAUAAUGGUGUAAGCAAAUGUUGACAAAGCUAAGAACAAGGUUCUGGGUAAAGGCCACAAGAUCGUCUAUUUAACGGUACGUUUUGAGCUGUUCAGUAAUCAGAGAAGCCUUUGUUUGUAGAACACAAAGAACAAGAAGAAGAAGAAGAAGAAAAAAAGGGAACAAAAGAUGGCAAUUCAGAUUCCUAGAGUGAAACUUGGAACUCAAGGAUUUGAGGUUUCAAAGCUGGGAUUUGGGUGUAUGGGUCUUUCAGGUCACAAUAAUUCAGUGUCAGAUGAAGUUGGCAUAGCCAUCAUUAAGCACGCAUUCGAAAGAGGAAUCACUCAUUUUGAUACAGCCGACAUGUACGGACCCAAAACUAACGAAAUUCUGGUUGGAAAGGCAUUGAAACAUUUGCCACGAGAAAAGGUACAGUUGGCUACAAAAUUCGGUGUUGAAAGCAUGGGUCCAGGUGGUCCGGUUAUCAAUGGCACUCCUGAAUUUGUUCGUUCUUCACUUGAGGCUAGCCUUCAACGCCUUGAUGUGGAUUAUAUUGAUCUUUACUAUAUAAUCAGAGUUGACCACAAGACUCCUAUAGAAGAUACGAUGGAAGAACUGAAGAAGUUGGUGGAAGAGGGAAAAAUAAAGUACAUUGGUAUAUCUGAAGCUAGCCCCGAAACUAUAAGGAGGGCACACGCUGUUCAUCCUCUUACUGCCGUACAACUUGAGUGGUCGCUUUGGACUCGUGAUGUUGAGGAAGAAAUAAUUCCCCUUUGCAGGGAACUUGGAAUCGGGAUUGUUCCAUAUAGUCCCCUUGGUCGUGGUUUCUUUGCCGGUAGAGCGAAUAAGGAUACCUCUAAUACGCCUCUGAGAAUGUUCCCAAGGUUUAGUGGAGAAAACUUGGAGAAAAAUAGGAUCCUAUAUUCAAAAGUAGAGAAGUUGGCUGAAAAGCAUGGAUGUACAGCUGCACAACUUGCACUUGCCUGGGUUCUUCAUCAAGGGGAUGAUGUUGCCCCUAUUCCUGGAACAACCAAGAUAGAAAAUCUAGAUAGCAACAUUGAAUCAGUGAAAGUAAAGUUGACAAAAGAAGAUUUGAAAGAAAUUAUAGAUACGAUCCCAAUCCAUGAGGUUGCAGGGAGUAAUUAUCCUGAUUCUUUAAAGCAAUUCACUUGGAAAUACGGCAAUACACCACCAAAGAAGAGCACCUAGGUUUAAAAACAGAGUUUUAUGCGUGCUGGUGAACAGAUUUACCAGGAAACUGCAACCACUGAAAGACUGGAAGCUUGUAUCGAUGCAGUACAAAAGCUUUGAAUUGCCAUUAAUGGAGGGUUCAGUGAGAGGUGAAAGCCUGUAUUUCCCAAAUAAAACAAACUUCUGCCUGUGGUUUGUAGCUAGUAAUCUCCCAAUUCAUGUAUUACUGUGGUGUAUGUAUUUAUUUUAAUGUUAGUGUCAUGUUUUGUAUCGUGUUCGAAAUAAUCAAGUCCAAGUUUCUACUUAGCUUUACUUGGACGAAUAAGGUUUUACCUGUUGUUUGAUAAGCAUACCUUUCUAUUGUUCUUAUACUGUUCUCUCAUAAUAAUAUAAUCUCAUUUAUAUGGGUGAA